AUAUUUGUUGCUGUUCACGCCAUCUUGAAUUUGUUUUUAAAGGAGAACCCUGGUAAUUAUCCAGCAAAAAUCUAAGAGCAUCUGUGUUUUUGCCUGCCAUCGGAAUUAUAAAAAUUAUUCAGUGGAAGCUAUAGGGCAUUUACUAUGGCUACCACUGAUAUGAAGAAUUCAACGACCGAAAGAACGGUUAAAAGUGUUCCCUAUCCACCCACAAAGAAACUUGGUGUAGAGGAUAUAUACGAUGUAGAUCACAAUACUAAACCAAACCAUGCGAAGUUAAAAGCACAUUUCUUACAAGAAGGACGACUUACAGAAGAUGUAGCAAUAAGGAUUAUUAAUGAAGGUGCUGCAAUUCUAAGAAAGGAGAAAACAAUGAUAGAUAUAGAUGCACCAGUAACAGUGUGUGGAGAUAUUCAUGGGCAAUUUUACGAUCUUAUGAAGUUAUUUGAAGUUGGGGGCGACCCAGCUGUUACGCGGUACCUGUUCCUCGGUGAUUACGUAGAUAGAGGUUAUUUUAGUAUAGAGUGCGUGUUAUACCUUUGGGCGCUGAAGAUUCUUAACCCUACAACGUUGUUCAUGCUUCGAGGAAACCAUGAGUGUCGGCAUCUCACAGAAUAUUUCACCUUCAAACAAGAAUGUAGAAUAAAGUAUACAGAGAAGGUGUAUGAUGCGUGCAUGGAUGCGUUUGACUGCCUGCCGCUCGCUGGUCUGAUGAACCAACAAUUUCUUUGUGUUCACGGUGGCUUGUCACCAGAAAUUCAUACACUCGACGAUAUUAAGAAGGUGGACCGAUUCAAAGAGCCACCUGCCUUUGGUCCUAUGUGCGAUUUGCUGUGGUCAGAUCCUUUAGAAGACUUUGGUAGUGAGAAGAGUGCAGAACAUUUUAGUCAUAAUACAGUGCGAGGCUGCUCAUACUUCUAUAGUUAUGCGGCCUGCUGUGAAUUCCUUUCUCAGAACAAUUUAUUGUCUAUCAUACGAGCACAUGAAGCACAAGAUGCUGGAUAUCGUAUGUACAGGAAGAGCCAAACCACUGGUUUUCCCGUUCUAAUCACACUAUUUUCAGCUCCUAAUUAUUUGGAUGUGUACAAUAAUAAAGCUGCUGUUUUGAAAUAUGAGAACAAUGUCAUGAAUAUUCGACAGUUCAAUUGUUCCCCACACCCCUAUUGGCUCCCUAACUUUAUGGAUGUUUUCACAUGGUCUUUGCCUUUUGUUGGUGAGAAAGUUACUGAAAUGUUGGUGAACAUUCUAAAUAUUUGCUCUGACGAUGAGCUCGGAGAUGGUGAGGAUGACGAAGCUCGAAAGCAUGUGGUAACAUAUGAAAGACCAACUGAAGACAAUGGGAAUGGAGGCACUGCUGUUGCCAGAAAGGAGAUUAUUAAGAACAAGAUUCGUGCCAUUGGCAAGAUGGCAAGAGUAUUUACAGUUCUCAGAGAGGAGAGUGAGACAGUUCUUGUGCUCAAGGGGCUAACACCCAGUGGAAUGCUCCCUACAGGGGCACUCUCAGGGGGUAAAGCCACCCUACUAAGUGCUAUCAGCUCCCAGAAGAUCAGUGGCUUUGAAGAAGCCAAGGGUCUUGACAAGAUGAAUGAACGUAUGCCUCCCAGGCACCCUGGGGGUAUGCCCCAUAACAGCAUGGACAAGAACCCUUAAAGUUAUUGACACCUAGCCUAGGGUAACAUGUCAAAAGAUUUAGGUUGUAUUUGCAGGAGGUGAAUGAGGAUAAUUGGUUUAUGCAUUCAUUUCUGUAUUAAUAUGUUGUCUCUGGUACUCCUUUCCCUGUCAACAGCAAUUAACUCUCACAAGAUUAGUGGUUUUGAAGAAGCCAAAGGACUAGACAAAUUAAAUGAGCGUAUGCCGCCACGAAAAGAGCCGGUAUCAGCAACCCAGCCAGCUAGCGAGGACACUGAACAAGCCUAGGGUAUCCCUCUGUCGUCGUCGACAACCAUGCUUGUUAUCCUGAAAGGCGGAGACAGCUGAAUAACAGCCAACAGUCAGCGCGCCACAAAGGAAUUCACUGAAUCUCUUCUUCGCAAAGAGCAAGCCUUGCGCUUGAGAUUGACUUCAAUUCUGACUACAAUUUAAGUGGUUUUUGAAAUCGAGAUUCGAUGAAUCCAUUUUCAGGAGGUAAUGAGUGCUGCAAUACAUGAUUGAAAAUACAGCAGUCAGAGUCUGUAAUUAUGUGAGAUAUAUUAUAUAUAAGAACUUCAGUAUUGCUAUAUUAUAUAAUAUUGCCCUCUAUUGUCCAUCCCUAACCCUACUCAGAAUGUAGAUAAAAAAUAAAUACGCUUUUUAUGUUAGAAACGUCUCAACCACUAGAAUGAUUGAAGCCCGCAGGUUUCGGGCUUACGACUAUGCAUUCUUUUCCUCCUUGUUAUUAUACAACUAUUAUUAAUUAACAGAUCUCUUGGAAGAUUUGUAGCCCUCAAAAUAUAGCGUUGCCAGCUUUUAUGUUCUUCUGCAGUGUCUUGCUAGGUGCCUUUGGUGUAUGAAUGCAUAAAUUAUGUUCUGUGAAAUUUUUUCGAAUACCAUUGGGUUUACUUGACCUGUAUUACAACAUGACCAUUAGGUAGUGUGAUAACAGAAUAUACUAUUUAUGUAUUUACAUGCUUGGCAGUCUUGCAAAAUAUAUUGCCAAAAAAAUAAAGGUUUUGGGAGGUGUAUCCUGUCUCUGUCUGAAGCUCAACUAGGUGUAGGUAUAUUUAUGGACCUUUUCUGCUAAACUCAGCCAUUCGAAUAUUAGGCAGCUUUCGUUUGCGUGACAGGUGUAGGACCUGAACGUAAAGACGUCAUUAGGAAGUUGUUUGCGCAUGCGAGAAAGUUAAGUAUUAUAGGACUCUGUUUGGCCCCAAUCUACAUCGUGCAGAGAGUGCAGAAUUGUAACGGAUGAGUGAAUCUGUUUCUACGGUUACAUCAUCGUGCAAAUAGAAAGCUCCUUAUUGUUGCUAAGGUACCGCAAAACGACAGUAUAAACAUGUAAACUUGAGUUUUGUGGGGCAGUGCAUAUAUUCCUGGCCCUAAGAAUAACACCCUGAAAAGUUCAUUGUAUUGUGCUAGCAUCAGAGAUGAAGUUACCCAUGUUGAUCAUAGUCUUUCAUUUAUCAAAUCUGUGCUUUGGUUGUACUCCGAGAAGCUAACAGGGUUGGAUGUUAAAUGGAAAGUGAUUAAACACGUAAAUCUAGUGAAUUGAACUGAUGACACCUGAUCAAAUGUUUUUCAUCGCUUGAUACUUCUCUGAUGAAUGCGUCAGGCUCAAAUCACUGAAUUUCCUUUCCAGUGAGCUAGAACAAGAACCACACUUUGAGCAUUUUAAAAUUUUCGGACAGGGUAUACCUCAUAAUCCUAUUGAUAAUAAUAUUAAUAUUUGAAAAAAAAAGUUAUAUGAAUAAAUUAGCAUUAUCUGGGUUGAUUGAAUUUUGAUGUCGAGUAACACCUGCCUCAAACAAAGGUGUUUCCUGAUUGGCUAAGAUUUUCUCAAUGUUAGUCAGUGACUGACUAGAACUUUAAUCAACAGUUCUAAUUGGCUAAGAUUUUCUCAGUGUUAGUCAGUGAUUGGCUAGAACUCACUUAAGUGAUUUCUGAUUGGCUAGGAUUGAUAGUAAGCAUUAGGAUUAAUAACCCUAAGCUGUAUCUCAAUGUCUUUUUCUUGUAGAUACAAUAUAUAGAAUAUAAUAGGCUUGUGGGUAGUGAAGAACAAAUCAAGUGUUAUGUGUGAGAUCGUAUGUGGACUCUAUUCUGCGUUGAAAGCCAGCAGAGGUCUGCUGAUUUCACUAUCGAAUCAGUGAUAUAUAAGAUUGAAUAAAAAAUCAUAAAUGUAAAACUUUUUCUACUGACGAAUAUUGCUGAUAUUAAAAUCUUGUUAUUAAGAGUUUAAUUAUUCUUAUUGCUACUAUUAAUAUAGAUAUCAUUGUUCAUGUUGCUAAGUUGAAUGUUGGUACGAUGGAUAACAAGUGAAUUAAGAUUUAAAUGUAGACUGUACGCUAUAAAGGUUUUGUACCGUAUUUUAGUCAAUUUCUUUAAUCAUUUACAAGUUGUAGGAAGUCUGGUUAACUAAUAGAUGCCAAGAGUGUUGUUAUACACUCUUUGGUUGCUGUAGCAUUCAUUUUUUUGUAUCUGAUAAAUUUUUGUUGUCAAUUACAGAGUGACAUUUUUUUCCACUUUUGAAACCUUUUUGAUGUGAAAGUUGAGCCCUCUAUGAGGUAUAGAUUUGUGUACCUUGACUCCCUAGUUUAGUUAACAUUUGGUAGCGGCACACUUAACUUGAUGAUUUUUUAACAGUAGCAAUGAAACGUUAAGGGAUUAUUAUAAUUCGACCAAUCUAUUAUUAUUGAACAUAGUAUAAUGCAUACAGGGUAAGCUACACAAGCUCAGUCAGGCUUGCCUAACUUAAACCCUAUCCUCAUUUAGAUUUCUUUCAUGAAUAUAUUUACAGUACUAAUCUGUUUGAUUUCAAAGAUUAUGGUUUCUCUUGGAUUAAGGGUAUGGAUUAAGCAAUGUCAUAACAGGUAAAGUGUUACUGAACCAUCAGGUUUGACAGUAAUCCUACCCUUCAGAUAUCAUUGGAUUAGAUUAGAUUACAGUAUUCUUCGUAAAGGGUGCCAGUUACUGGUCAGUUAUAACUCAAAGAUUGGACUCAACUAUAUAUGUUAGUAUUAUAUAAUUCAUAUUAUGUUAGAAAAAGUAAAAUUGAAAAGUAUUGUCUGUAGUUGGGAAUAUAUGGGAUUAUGAAUACUUAUUAAACCUGCUUUUGAUCUGAAAUUAACAUUAUGCUUCUGUAGUGUACGUUUAUUUUUGAAAGGCAAUAUUCUGAAAUAAUUAUAUGAGCAAAUGCACUGAACAAAUAUUGUUACAAUAUGGAUUAGUUAACUAAUCUGUAAAUAUGUUAAUCCACAUAUCAUAGAUUAGGAUUUCUUUAACUAAGCUAAUCCAAAUUGCUUUAACUGCAACAAAGAGCAUUCAAAGAGCAUUCUAAGAUUAAUUCUCAUAUUAAUUUUGUGGAUUAGAACUCUUAAAUCGGUGCUAAUCCGUAACAUUGAUUAUACUAGGUAAGUCAGUGUUAACCCAUAACAUGGAUUAUCCAAGUUAAGGCAAUGCUAAUUAACAAGAUGUGGAUUAACCUAGUUAAAAUAAAGCUGAUCCUUAUUUGGAACCUAUACAGUAUAUAGUGCUAAUCCAUCAUAUUAGGGAUUAGCCUAGUUAAAUAUAUGGUAAUCCAUAAGAUAUAUGGAUUAUUAUGAAUGCUAAUCUGUCUGAUAAUGGGACAAUUAUUGGUAAAGGCAUUUUCUAGUUUGUUUAAAGUAAUAUUAUUAUUUUACUUGUGUUCAUUCUGGAUUGUACAGUUAAACCGAAGACGCCUAUAUAAUAUAUAACUAUCUUGAGAAUUGUUUAUUGUAGUUUAUGUGAUUAAGAUAUUUUUUUCAUUUAAAGAAGAACAUGAAAAUCUUUUAUAUUGCCUGUGUGUAAUUUUUGACUGUUGAAGAUUUUACUUUGUUGAUAUUUUAUAGUUUUUGUUUUUGAGUGCGUGUGUGCAAUCUUUUUAAUGAAGAAAAAUGCAGUUUUUCAAACCGACCGAUCAUGAAUAUUCAUGUAAUGUGACCUCUAAACUUCAGUGAAAUUGUUUUUCUCUGCUGAGUAUUCUACAAAAAAGGGAUACGCAAUUAGUAUUUAAGGUUUUUGGCUUGGUACGUAUUUUAUGCAUGAUAAACGUUCUGUGAGAUGUGACUAUUGGUACAUCAAAUUUCACAUUCUAUUUAUCAAAGAAAUUAAAUGAUGUAUUUAUGCUUUGAUAUGAAGUUUCUCGAUUAUUGGUCUAUACUUAUGUAUUAAUUAUAUAACAGAAGCUGAGAGAUUUUCUUUACAAUAGUUUGCUACAGUUAAACCCAAAAUCACCCUUAGCUAUUCUGUAAAUUGAAAACUAAAAUUCUUUCAAUAUGUUGCAAUGCAAAAUGUACUGUAUUUUCACUUGCUCUUAAGUUGGUUACUAACUUUUGCAUAUUAGUUGCAAUGGUUGUAACGUUAAGUCUGUGAUGUAUUAAUUAGUUUUUAUUCCCAUUCAUUUUGCUUUUAUUAACACUAAACUACUGUAUCUCUUUUUCUGUUCAUUAUCGAAUAUACAGUUAAUACAUAUGUUAGUACAUCCACAUAUUUCAGUUGUUUAAAAUUCAACUUUGAGAUGCCUUGUUAAUGUUAAAUCUGUGGACGAAAUAGUAACAUCUCGCAGUCAAUCAUUGUACUGUAUUCAAUAUCUGGCAACAUUGCCCCAACAUGAUAGGUAUGUUAUGACAGCGCCCUCAAUGAGCCAUGUUUUCUUCUUCUUUUUUUUCUACGCUGAAAUCAUGUGGUAGCAGCUUAAAACGGAGGACGUUCAUAUAUUUUGUCAGUUAGUACUGUAUUUGAGUAUACCACUGGAUUGUUUAAACUCGAUUAGAUCCCUUGCACAGUAGACGCCCAAAUGGUGGUUAUGAAAACUGGCCUAAAAUCGUUACGAACUCUUUCAUUGUGAGUAAUAUCAACACAGUUCCUCUAACUUAUAAAAAUUGUUUGAUAUUGCUUGAUGCGGUAAAUAUUCGUUUUAAGCUACAUUCACAUUAGACACGAUAACGACAUAUCAUCGCGUCGUUUAUAUUCUUCAACAGUGAGUGCAUUUUUAUCGUGUCUAGUGUAAAUGCAGCUUUAGAAUCAUAAUACUGUAAUUUGACAAAAUUGUAUUCUAUAAAACGCUUCAAUUUGAUAAUGAUUUAAUGAGCUUUUUCUUAUUUAUGAAGCGAUGUUCAAAAACGAUUGACCAGAUCCCACGAUGUGGGAACCAUAGCUAACCAUUUGGAGUUGUAGUGAUAAUUCGGCUUUUUUCAUCAUUUAUCUUUAACGCCGCUGGUUUAUGUUGCUCUGCUUUGUGGACUCUAUAUAAUUCUGAAUAAACUCAACUUCGAACUUAUCCAA